CAUACUGUGAUUGGCGUAAACGACACGACAGGGUUGUUUAAUGUAAACUGUGUUAUAGUAAGUGAGAGAGCUGCUCAGUCUUCUGUGUUCUCAGGGACCCGGUUACGUUAUCUAAUAAUUAGUCGUAUCAAGACAGUGUACACAUGGCUUCACACGCGCAGAAUGACAUCUCAGCCGGCUUCUUGCACGAGUACAAGUCAUUCGCCACAGACGCGGUACACGCUGGAUCAGAACCGGAGCAAUGGAACUCACUGGCCGUAGUGCCCCCCAUUUCAUUGUCUACCACAUUUAAACAGCACGCUCCGGGAAAACAUGCGGGUUUUGAAUACAGCAGGAGUGGAAAUCCCACUCGAAAUUGUCUUGAAAGAGCAGUUGCUGCUUUGGAUGGUGCACAAUACUGUCUCGCUGUUGCGUCUGGAUUGGCUGCUACAAUGACUAUCACACAUCUUUUUAAAGCUGGAGAUGGAAUCUUGUGCAUGAAUGAUGUCUAUGGAGGUACUAAUCGAUAUUUCAAAAAAAUAGUAGCCGAAGUGGGCCUUGAUGUGUCGUUUGCAGACUUUACAAAGCUGGAGGUGCUUAAGGCGGCUCUUAAACCCAAUACAAAGAUGGUAUGGAUUGAAACUCCCACAAACCCAACAAUGAAAGUUGUGGACAUUCAGGCUUGUUCAGAUAUUGUCCAUGAGCACAACAAGGACACAGUUGUUGUAGUGGACAAUACUUUCAUGUCAGCCUACUUCCAGCGCCCCCUGGCCCUUGGAGCGGAUAUCUGCAUGUAUUCUGCAACAAAAUACAUGAACGGUCACAGUGAUGUUGUUAUGGGGCUGAUUUCUGUCAGCCGUGACGACCUUUAUGAACGACUAAAGUUUUUGCAGAAUGCUCUUGGAGCUGUGCCCUCCCCAUUUGACUGCUACAUGUGUAAUCGAGGUCUGAAGACACUGCACCUGAGAAUGAAGCAGCACUUUAAGAAUGCAAUGGCUGCGGCAAAGUUUCUGGAGGCUGACCCAAGGGUGGACAAAGUCAUCUUCCCAGGUCUUCCAUCUCACCCUCAGCAUGAGCUGACAAAGAGACAGAGCACAGGCUGUCCCGGGAUGAUCACCUUUUACAUCAAAGGAAAACUGGAGCAUGCCAGCACAUUCCUCAGCAAUCUGAAGCUGUUUGCACUUGCUGAAAGUCUCGGUGGUUACGAGAGUCUAGCCGAGCAUCCUGCCAUUAUGACUCAUGCUUCAGUGUGUGAGGAAGAGAGAAAGGAGCUGGGUAUUAACGAUACUCUCAUUCGUCUCUCUGUGGGCCUUGAGGAUGAAGAAGAUAUUAUUGCAGAUUUAGACCAAGCCCUUAAUGCUGCUCAUCCCAAAAAAUAAGAGGCAAGAUCCAGUCAAGAUAGCCCUGGAACAAAGCUGAUGCCACGAUGAGAUCAGGACGUGAUUUUUGGCACAUUUUUAAUUAAAGUGUGUGCCAAUGAGGCUUGAAAAAUAUGUAUUGCAAUUAUCAGGGAUCAAAUAUGUUUAACACAUUCAGCUCUUUCAUGCAUCAGGAAUUUACCUUUUUAACCUCACUCAACGAAGAGAGAUAUUCAGAUUGCAUUUUAUGAAUUUAAAAUUUGCUGCUUAUGCAUUUCUAUCUACUGUAAUGAUUUCUUGGUAAGGCAGUCAUCAAGAAACGAUUAAAGUUUUAAUAAGGGAAAAUAUUAAAAUAUCCGCAAAGGGAAAACGUACAUAAUGAAAUUAUUUUUAACAUUUCACGCUGUAUAUUUAUACUGACUGAGUGAAUCAACAAGUGGUUCAUUCUGCCUAAUUUGCAAUGAACAGUUAACACCUACACAAAGUUUUUGAACAACACACAAAUGCACUUCUCCAAUGACUCAAAUCAGCCAUCACUGCUCAAAUUGUAUAAAUACGUCAUAUCUAAAUGCUUAAGCUUUUUCAUUUCUGAAAGGGUCUCGCUUGAACAUUGUUUGUGCUUCCAGACCCAUUAAAGGCCAUUUGAAGUCUC